UCGCUAGAGUUAAGUUGGGUAUUUGUUGCGGGCCGUUUUGUAGAUUGUCGGUAGGUUUUCUGUUGCUCUUUCUAUUGCUGGAGUUUCGUUGGAUUAAGUGCAAGAGGAACUGAACCUAAAGUGUGCGUGUUUAAGAUCGCUCGAAACAUAGAAGCCUGUCGGUUCCGUGUGUGUUAACGUGCGACGUGUCCAUGCAUGCUCGCGCGGUAUAGAGCCGGUUAAAUCCAGGCAUUGCGAUGUUGCGAAGACGCGCUAUCGCAGAAGGAAUUGAUUUGUAGUUAGUUGAAUAUAAACCAAAUGAUUGAUGAAUUUGGCUGCAGUGUCCAGGUGUGACUAAAUCGAUUACGGAUUAUGUCAGCCACAGGCGGAAAUCAGUGGAGUGAUAAGCGAGAAAUGAGAUUUGGCUCUGGGCUAGUGUGAUAAUGAUGUGGGUAAUAUUUGAUAUUGUGAUAAGCCAACCGAUGACGAAGUGUUAGGUUGAGUCGAGUGAUCAACCAAGCAAAUAUUUGAAGCGAUUUGAGUUCAAGAGUGGGGUGCUAGCAAUUGUCUAAUAUAUAGCUCGAGUGCGUCGGGAAGAGGUUCCCUGUGUUUUAUCAGUUUGAUGUAAAUAUUGGAUUAAGACUACAGAAACCAGCCUAGUUAAAAAUCGUGGUGUGCUGUUCAUUUCGAGAACUUCCGGUGGUGUCUUAUCAAGCUCUCCAACCAAGUGUGCUGUAGUGCUGCGAAUAAUACCAUGAUGAAAGAAAACCUGUGAAAUUGGUGAAAAUUGUGUCUAAGGUUGAAUGAAGCAAAUGUGAUAUCAGAAUAUCUAGAUCAAUUCGAUAAAAGCAACACACAAAAAAAAUCUUCCGCGAAAUGAGCUCAACCAAAGUGCGAUCGAAGCGGCCAUGGCCAUUGGCAAUGACGACAGUGACGGUACAGCUCUUCCUGCCACUUUUAACGCUGCUACUGGUGGCUCCGAUUGCCGUGAGUGGCGCCCACUGGGAUCACGCGGUCGAUCUGGACGAAAACUAUCGUCUGCUGUGGAGCAUCAACAACCAGGACAUCACUUUUGAAGUGCAGGCGCGAACGCUGGGCUACCUAGGCUUGGGAUUCUCCAACGACGGAUCGAUCUACGGUGCCGACAUCGUGAUCGGUUGGGUCGAUAACGGACAGGUUCACUUCCAGGACCGCCACUUCAAGAUGAACAGUAACGGAGAGCCACACGUGGAUCCCUCUCAGGACUACAUCCUGCUACUCGGGUACGAGAACGCCACCCACACGGUGCUGAGAUUUCGCCGUAAGCUGGAUACCUGCGAUACCAAUCAGGAUGUUCCCAUUACGAACGACACCAUCCGCAUCAUCUACAUGUACCACAAUCGGGAUCCAAAGAAUGGAGCUCAAGCCAUCGGAACGUUGCCGGAUCCAAACGAAGCUUUCAAGGAUUCGGUGCCAAUUUUUCUCACUCAGCGUGUAAACCAGGUACCAAUCGAUUUGGACUCGCGGACCCGUAUCCUGGAGUUGCGCAAUAAAGAUGUCGAGAUUCCGAUGGGUGACGACAAUCUUCGGUGGUGCAAGAUGUUCAAACUGGAUCAGUUCGUACGGAAGCAGCAUAUGAUACGGUAUGAGCCCGUGAUCGAGUCGCGUUCCAAUCUGCCUUUCAUGAAGCACAUCGUUCUGUACGAGUGUCAAGGUUCGACACCGGAGCUGGAGAUCAUGUCUCGGGAGAAUGGACGAUCCUGCAUCAAGUCGGAAAAGGAACUGCUGACCUGCAACUCGAUUGUGGCCGCCUGGUCCCGCGGUUCCGAGGGUUUCACCUUUCCACUGGAAGCUGGUUAUCCCUUGGACUCAUAUCAGGCUCGUUUCUACAUGAUGGAAACGCACUACAUGGGCUUCCAGAGUAACUCGAUUGACAUGCGACCUCGGAUGGACAACUCCGGACUUCGACUGUACUAUACGACUAUCCUGCGGAAACACGAUGCCGGAGUGCUCUCGGUAGGUAUCCAACCGAAUUGGCGUCAUAUCAUCCCGCCUGGUCAGGAGCGUGUGGUGUCCGAGGGUCACUGCAUCGAGGAGUGCACACAACGAGCAUUUCCCCGGCCAGGAAUCAACAUCUUCGCCGUCAUGAUGCAAACCAACCACAUGGGCAAACAGAUUCGACUGCGACAAAUCCGAUACCGUGAAGAACUGCCACCGAUUGCUCAUGAUUUGAAUAUCGACUCAAACUAUCAGGAAUUUCGUCGAUUACAUAGUCCCGUUAAAGCAUUGCCAGGUGAUCGACUGAUUGCGGAAUGUUCGUACGACAGUACUACCAGAAAAACCAUUGCUCUCGGUGGUUACACAUCCCGGGAUGAAACCUGUCUGGUGCUAAGUCUGUACUACCCUCGCCAAAAAGAACUCACUUCCUGCCACUCGAUUCCUAGUCUGCCAACAGUUUUACAUGCCGUUGGUAUCAACGAGUUGGCGCCAGGAGCGAAUCCAAUCCGGAUAGCAUCUCCGGCCGAAAUUGCCGGAAUGACCUUAGAGGAACGCCUGCUUUCCUACGACUGGAGGGUAAACUUCAACACCUUCCAAUAUGUGAUACGAAAAGGUGCAUUUAAACCUCUCUGUUGGAGCGCUCGUAACACUCCGAUUCCGGGCACGGAUAACAUGGACGCAUACGCACCGAACCUAACGCGAAUCUGGCGCCCGACACCGACGUGUGGGGGCUCGGCCAGUAGUGGCAGCUCCGGCAGUGGUUACAACAGUGUCAACCGCUUUGUGACGGAGCGGGAGACCAGCAUUCCCAGCUGGACGCUGUUGGAGGAGGAUGACAGUAACAAUGUGAUCGAAGGGGCAGCGCGAAGUAAAUCGAUUCGCAGCUCGUCGGGGGUGGCAGUACUCAGCUCCGUUUUGGUCGUCUCCAAGGUGGCACUGUUUGUGAUCUUUAUUAGCACAGUUAGGUUAACGGUGCUAGUGUAGGGCGGGGUAGACAUCAGUAGGAUUGCUUAUCGUGUAGAGAUCAUGGGGAAUCCGCAGGCCCCAAGGAGAGACCAUAGAAAAACAAGACUGCUGUGUUGAGAGAUGUAGGAAUAACAGGGCGACGGAUAGUCCACAAAACAAAGAAAUAUAUUGUACUGUACAGAUUUAAAAUUUAGGAACAGGUAGCUCUGUUCGCUUUUAGGAAAUCGCUAGUCAUUUGAGCAGAUUUUGUUACGUAGUAGUUAGCUGUGAGACGAAGGAUCCGACUAAGAGGAAUUAUUUAAACGAAAUAUUUAAAAUAGAUGGAAGCGUUGGUGAAGCUUUCGUGUUUUUACCACUUUUGAUACACUGAGCCAGUUGUUGAUGCUGUAUAUUUUGUAUAUAGACUAGAAGAUGCAAUGAUUGUAUAAUUGUGUAUAUAAAUAGGACUAAUAAUAAAUUACAAAACUUAAUGACA